AUGCCGAGCACCGUCGGACGAAGCCUGGCCAAGGGCCUCGGCAUCGACGUCGACGCCCGGUACCGCAACGAGCCUACCGAGGCCGUCCAGUCCGCCGCCGCUUCCUUCCGCUCCGUCGAGCAGUACGAGGAGGAGGAGCCCACCGUCGCCGAGUUUCUCUACGCACACAGACCGACAGUCCACGGCGCGGUCGCCUACAUCAAAAGCCUGUUCCCCUUCUGGUCCUGGAUCUUUCACUAUAACGCGACAUGGCUCCUUGGCGAUGUGAUUGCCGGUGUAACGGUUGGUUUCGUGGUCAUUCCUCAGGGCAUGGCUUAUGCAAUCCUGGCCAAGCUGCCCCCCGAGUACGGUCUUUACACGUCGUUUGUCGGUUUCAUCUUGUACUGGGCGUUCGCGACAUCCAAGGACAUCACCAUCGGAACCGUGGCCGUCAUGUCCCAGCUCGUCGGCAACAUCAUUUUGCGCGUGCAGGACACCCACCCGCAGUACAGCGGCCCGCAGAUCUCCCAGGCGUUGGCCGUCAUCGCCGGCGCCGUCCUGCUGUUCAUCGGCCUAGUGCGGCUCGGCUGGGUCGUUGAGUUCAUCCCGCUCGUGGCCAUCACCUCCUUCAUGACCGGCGCCGCCAUCAGCAUUGCCGCCGGCCAGGUGCCCGCCCUCCUCGGCCUACAAGGCGUUGUCACCCGCAACCCCACCUACCAGGUGAUCAUCGACAGCCUCAAGGCAUUGCCGACCGCCCGGCUCGACGCGGCCAUGGGUCUGACCGCCCUGUUCCUGCUGUACGCCAUCCGUUCCUUCUGCAACUUCAUGUCGAACCGCCAGCCCCAUAGGAAGAAGUUCUGGUUCUUCAUGUCGACCCUCCGCAUGGCCUUUGUCAUACUCCUCUACGUCUUGGUCAGCUGGCUCGUCAACCGUCACGUCAACUGGAGUGCCAAGAAGGCCAGAUUCAAGAUCCUCGGCAUUGUACCCAGCGGUUUCCGGCACACCGGGGCGCCCAAAAUCGAUACUGGGCUCCUCUCGGCCAUCGCCCCCGACCUGCCGGUGACCAUCAUUGUCCUCAUCAUUGAGCAUAUUGCCAUCUCCAAGUCCUUUGGCAGAAUCAACAACUAUGUCAUCAACCCUUCGCAGGAGCUGGUUGCCGUCGGCUUCACGAACCUGUUCGGGCCCUUCCUCGGCGCGUACCCCGCCACCGGCUCGUUCUCCCGAACCGCCAUCAAGGCCAAGGCCGGAGUCCGCACGCCGCUCGCCGGUAUCUUCACCGCCGUCAUCGUCCUUCUGGCCCUGUACGCCCUGACGGCGGUUUUCUUCUACAUUCCGAUGGCCUCCCUAGCCGCUCUGAUUAUCCACGCCGUGGGUGAUCUCAUCACGCCGCCCAGGGUGGUGUACCAGUUCUGGGAGGUCUCUCCCCUCGAGGUCUUCAUCUUCUUUGCCGGUGUUUUCCUCACCAUCUUCACCAACAUCGAGAACGGCAUCUACCUCACAAUGUGCGCCUCCGCCGCGCUCCUGCUGGUGCGUCUUGCAAAGGCCAAGGGCCACUUCCUCGGCCGCGUCAGAGUUUACCGCGCCACCAAGGAUACCGCCGGCAAGGGUGUUCCGUUCAACGAAAAGGGCGAGUCGGUCGACGUCCCGUCUCGUGAGGCCUACAUCCCUCUCGCGAAGGAUGACGGCUCGAACCCCCACAUCGACGUGGAGACCCCCUAUCCCGGCGUGUUCGUCUACCGGUUCGGCGAGGGCUUCAACUACACUAACCAGGCACACUACAUGGACCGCUUGGUCGAGUACAUCCAGAAGAACGCCCGCCGCACGAUCCUUGACCGUUACGAGAAGCUUGGCGACCGCCCUUGGAACGACCCCGGCCCACGCCGCGGAGCCAAGAUCGACAUGGACGACCAGCGCCCCAUCGUCCGGGCCGUGAUCCUCGACUGCUCCGCCGUCAAUAACAUUGACGUGACGUCCGUCCAGGGCCUCAUCGACGUGCGCAACCAGCUGGACCACUACGCCGAGCCCGAGGUCGUCGAGUGGCACUUUGCCAACGUCAACAACCGCUGGACCCGCCGGGCGCUCGCGGCCGCCGGCUUCGGCUUCCCCUCGGUCAAGGACGAGGGCAACUUUGGCCGGUGGAAGCCCAUCUACAGCUUCGCGCCCGUCGACUCGGGCUCCGACCACGCGCCGCCGCAGAUGGCCGCCCAGCGCAGCCGCGGCGACGAGGAGGACGCCAUCGCCCCGACCAAAGGCGGCGGAGGAGGCAACGACGGUGCCGCGCAGGUGGCGGGCCGCGGGGACGGCAAGCUUGCCUCCGUCCAGGGCAUGAACAGGCCGUUCUUCCACAUCGACGUUGCCGCGGCCGUGGAGAGUGCCAUUCUGAACGCUGAGAGCAAGAGUGAGGGCCGGGAGUCGCCGGCGAACUCGGUUUUGAAGAGUGGUUAA